AACUCAUUUGGAUCUACAUAAUGCACAUAGUCUCGGCUCAAAAGCGAUUGGACAGUUGGUGUCCUUCCCUCGUUAGAAGAGUGUAUUUUUCGAAAAAAAAUUCAAUGUCAAGAUUUAUACAUAUUCUAAUAGCCCUCGUAAUAAGCUUCAAGCUGAUAUAAUUUCUUAUAUCAAAAUGGGAAGAUUAAAUUUUCUUUUGAAUCUAUUGAAUAGUGUUAUUUUCUUUUACAAAAUUUUAUGUUAAGGAUUCUUCUCAAGGUUUUUUUUCGUCAAAAAUACUUUUUUUUCGAAUUUAGUUGUUUUUAGUAAUCCUUCAUCUGCAGUAGUAGAAACGAAAUAUUCUUGAAGUUUUUAAUUCAAAAUUUAAAUCGAUUUAGAUAAAUUUUUGUUUAUCAUUGUAAACAAAGUUCAAUGUACCGUAAGGCACCUUCUAAUUAUGUAUAGUCUCCAGUCCAACAAAAUUGAUUUAUAUAGGAAAUGUCUCUCUCUAAUAUGAACAAGAAAUAUAUUGAAGAAAUAUUUUGAUUCAAAUUAUUUAAUUAUGAAUAAGGGAAUAGACAAGAAGAUGUUAAUAUAGACGCGAACAUCUUCUGUACUAGUCAUGAUCAGCAGAUUUUAUUGUAUUCUAAUAAUAAAUAUUUAAUUUGUAUUUAAAAAAACAAGUUUUAAAACGUUCAAUAUAACGAAUUUACUUUAAGUUAAUUGAAAAUGUUCUAUCAAUAAUUGAAAUUUUUCGUUUUUUUUUUGUACGAAUAUUUUAGCCUCAUCAAAAAGAAUAUCAUCAACAAACUCCUCGUCGACGUUCAACAAUUCAUCCAAUGAAAUUAACAACAAAACAAUUUGAAGAAAAAUCAUCUCAUAUAGAUGGUAUCAUUGAAAAAAUUUAUUGUCGUUUUCAUCAUCCAAAUUUAAUUCCAAAUGAUACAAAAUUUUCACCAGAUCAAUUUUUUCAACAACCUAUGAUUGAUUUCAAUGAUAAUAAUAAUAAUAAUAAUAAUAAUAAUAAUAAUACCAAUAGUCGUACUAGUAAACGUUUACGAAAUAAAAAUUCAUUAUCAUCAUCAUCAUCAAUAAAAAAUAAUAAAAAACGUCGUACAAGGUCUAUAUCAUCUAAUGAUAAUAUAACUGAAUGUAUAUUAGAUAAUACUCAAUAUAUUGUAUCAUCAUUAAUUGAUGAAUUAAUUGAAUCUAUAUCAUCUCAUAUUGUCUAG